CCCUGGAAUAAAAACCGGAGUUCUGGAGGGGAUGGAGUAAUAGAUUCGGUCUCCUAGGAGAAGGAGAAGGAGAAGGGUGGUCCUCUCGCUUUUGCUGUUUGUUUCUCUCCAGCUUCAUAGCUGGUGUUAUAACACCACACUCACCCUACUGCUGUAUCUUCAGCAUCACCAUGAUGCAAGUGAAUGGUGAGCAUUGCAGCAACAAGCACUCCCUGCUGACCAUGAUGAACCGCUUCAUUGCUGCUGCCAACAACAUGGACGAGACCAUCAUGGUGCCCAGCCUGCUGCGGGACGUUCCCCUUGAGGAGCAAGGGAGCAAGUCCUUGCCUAAUGACAAUGAGGUGGCUUUCCCCAGUAAGCAGAGGGACAUGUAUGAACACUACCUGCUGCUCAAGUCCAUUAGGAAUGACAUGGAGUGGGGUCUCCUCCGCCAGGACAUGGCCAAUGGUGCCUAUCGAGAGCAGGCCAUCCACCAAGAGGAGGAUCCUUGUGGUGGCCUCAUUGCAAGCAAUGAUGACCUUGACCUUGAGGGCCAGUUUCACUAUCAUCUACGGGGGCUCUUUGGCAUCUUGUCCAAACUCACAGUGGAGGCAGACCGCCUUACAAACAGGUACAACAGGGAGAUCGGAGGGGGUAACUUCAUCAGAUAGUUGAAGUCCCUUCUGUACUUCUAAGAUGCUCUCUUCUGCUGUGAAAAUGGUGCAGAACACUGAGGUUUGUCUCGUCUUGUGCUACAACAUGGACCACAAACUCAGACUACUUUGACCUGACAGGUCAAACCUCCCCCAUGGAUUCCUAAAACUCUCUCCUCUCAAUUGUUCCUCGACAACAUGAGGGUGAUUCUACUAGAAGUAGAGUCCAGGUGUCUCUAGUCAGAACGCACCUAUCAUGACUGUCUCACUUGCUCCUCAUCUGGCCUUCCGUUCUACCUUGCCAAGAUGUUUU